AUUACUCCUCACGUGUCAUAAGGGGCGUGCUAAGACGCGCUCCUUCUCCUCAACAAAAGCGUAACAGGAAGACGGAAAGAAGCAGAGAGAGGGAAAAAAUUUCAGUUGAUGCAAAAUGGCAGAAGAAGGCACCAAAGCGGAUGCGCAGCUUUUUCAACUCCUUUCCAAUCUCCUCCAGCAAGUGGAGGCACUAACCAAUCAAGAAGAAGUUGAAUUGCGAUCCAAAAUUGAAGCACUGGGAUUAGAGGUUACCAAAGUUCCUUCAAAGUCGACAAAGAAUCUUGAUGAGCUGGAAAUCGCAAGAGAGUUGGAUAAAUUAUCAGCAAAAUUGGAUGAUGUAGAUGAAAUGAUUUCCUCAGCCAUGAAUGCAGAUCCACAGGUACAGUCACUCUUGAGUGGCACUGCUGAUGUAUGGAUGCCAGUUAUUACAGCUACUGCUGAAGAGAGACGUAAUUUUACAGCAGCACUUGGAGAUGAUGCUACUGAAGAAAAGGGGAAAACUUCAAUUUAAUUGCCGCUUGUCUGCUCUCACAGAAUAUAAUCUUUCUUAUAACCUAAUGUGUUUGCCAUAUCUUCCUAAACAUUGAGAUCAUUAUUUUUUUUUCCAAUAUUUUUCAUAUAUUCCAUUUUUCUUGUCCUUCA